ACAUUGAUAUGGACCAAAGGAUCUGUGCGGUUUGCCUCAGUUGGUAAGUAACAUGGGGCAAUAUUGAAUGUCAGCACUUCUGUGAAUAUUGUCUCUUUUUCCAAGUUAUUCAUCUCCAUGUAGAUUGAACUGCAGAGGAAGCAUUGUAGUUGUCUGGAUUAGUAUGCAUUACAUCAUCACUCAUAGUUCAGGUCUCUUUUCCUCUAGGGCAAGGCAGGAUAGAAAAAGUCCUCAUUGCCAACAGAGGAGAAAUCGCCUGCCGUGUGAUGCGAACAGCAAAGAAGAUGGGAGUGCGCUCUGUGGCAGUAUACAGUGAUGCAGACCGUCAUUCCAUGCAUGUGGCCAUGGUAUGUCAAGGCUAAAGGUCGAAACUUUGACCCCUCUGUCAGUAUAUGUUUGUAGAUGCAGCUGUAUUUAUGGGGUUUCUCUCAUGUUUCUUAGGCAGAUGAGGCCUAUAACAUUGGGCCAGCCGCAUCCCAGCAGAGUUACUUGUCCAUGGAGAAAGUCUUGGAGGUUGCCAAGAGAUCUGGAUCACAUGUAUGUCAAGUACAGUAUUGUAUUUGUAAUAUUUCUCAUUCUCAUUCAUUACGGCAAUCCCCUUUUUCUCAAAGUCGCAAUACAGACUAUAUCUGCAGAAUACAUUUAUGUUUAUAAAUUGUGUUUUUGUUAUAGGCUGUCCACCCAGGAUAUGGCUUCCUGUCAGAGAACACAGAGUUUGCUGAGGCUUGCAAACAGGAGGGUAUAAUCUUCAUUGGUCCUCCAUCAUCUGCUAUCAGAGACAUGGGUAUCAAAAGGUAUAGUUAAAGGUAGACUCAGCGAUAUGACAUAGAUGCAGAAAGUAAAAAGCAUAGUGGGUCAAUUUCCGCAACAACUAAGAGUGUUGAAGCGCGAGGCUCAACUUCUCUGCUGUGUUGGUGCCCUGGCUACCACGCUGUAACAGUGUGAAGCGAACCCGUGCACAUGCGCAGAUGCUGUGUGAGAGCGAAGUGUUGCAUCUCGCUCAUCUCAAUCUGCAGGGCUGCUUGUGGCAACGUCAUUUUGCUGAGUCUACCUUUAAAUGACAGUGUGUCCCCUAGGAUUUUUUUUUGCAGUGGUUGCAAAGUUAGUGAGGGGGGUGUAGUGGGCGUGGCCAAUGAAUGAUUUUUCUCUUUUCAAGUCACUCUUCAGUCUUGUAUGUUGUAAGUCUGAUUUUAAUAAGGGUUAUUCAAAAGUUAAAUCUUAGAAAUCUACUCCUUUUCUUUUUCCUAGUACAUCAAAAUACAUAAUGUCAGCUGCGGGUGUUCCUAUCAUCGAGGGUUACCACGGAGAGGACCAAUCGGAUGAGAAGCUCCAAGCUGAGACGGUCAGGAUUGGCUACCCAGUGAUGAUAAAGGCUGUGCGUGGCGGGGGUGGUAAAGUAAGUAAGAUGCACACACAGAAAGGAUUGUUUCAUGGAAUGAUAGUGUUGUUGUUUGUGUCUCAAGGCUCCUAUGGUUGUGAUUGGUUUAUCUAGGGAAUGCGCAUUGCACACACCGCUGAAGACUUCCAUGAGCAGCUUGAGUCUGCGAGACGAGAGGCGCGCAAGUCCUUCAAUGAUGACGUCAUGCUAGUGGAGAAAUUUGUAGAGGACCCCAGGUAUGUAGAAGACACUCUCUGUAUCUAUUUGUGUUGGAGGUUCAGACUACACCCCUGUUUAGAUGUUGUGACAAAUCUUCCUUCCCUCACCAGACAUGUGGAGGUCCAGGUCUUUGGGGACCAGCAUGGAAAUGCUGUCUACCUGUUUGAGAGGGACUGCAGCGUACAGAGAAGGCACCAGAAGAUAAUUGAGGAAGCACCAGGGGUGAGUGCGAUGAUACAGCUACCUCCUUCGUUUUACUCUCAGCACUACAACAUGUCUUGGUUUCCUGUGUGAAUGGCUGUCUGCUGGAUAUGAGGCUUGAUGCACUGUGUUUUGCACUCCCUAGGCUGUGCGAGUGUAUAUGUGCUAAUGAUUAUUUGUGUUUUUGUGUUUGCACCCAUGCUUGCAGCCUGGAAUUAGCGAGGAGGUGAGGCGGAAACUGGGUGAGGCAGCCGUGAGAGCAGCCAAAGCCGUCAACUAUGUGGGAGCAGGUGAGCAGAGAAUGGACCUCAAACCUUACACAAAUAAUUCAUAUUUGCAUGCUGGGAUGCAGUGUCCUCAAUUUCCAUUGCCUUUGAUUGCUUGUUGAUUUUUUUUGGGGGGGGGCAUUGAACACUCAUCCACAAAUAUUCUGUUGUUGUAACAGCUGUUGCUUUGCACUAUCCUGUGCACUGGUGUAACAACCACACUUAUGUCCCUGUCUCUAUGCAGGCACUGUGGAAUUCAUCAUGGAUGCACAGCACAACUUCUACUUCAUGGAGAUGAACACACGUCUGCAAGUGGAGCACCCUGUGUCUGAGAUGAUCACUGGUACUGACCUGGUGGAGUGGCAGCUCAGGGUAAGACAGAAAGAGGGAGAGGAUUGCCAUCAGAAAGAGGGGGUUGGGGACAUCAAUGUGUUGUAAUACGUUGAGUGUAUUUCUGAGCUCUUUUAGAGGGCCUCAUUAUCUCACAUAAUCCUAGAGAUAGCAGGAUUUCAAUCUGAAUAUAGAUUUGAUUAACAAUUUUUAAUAGCACCACCCUGAUGUUUGUGUACUCCUCUUACUUGUCACUCAGGUGGCUGCAGGUGAGAGGCUGCCCCUCCUGCAGGAUGAGAUAGAACUGAUGGGCCAUUCGUUUGAGGCCAGGAUAUACGCUGAGGACCCCAACAACGACUUCCUCCCUGGGGCAGGACCCCUCCUUCAUCUGUCUACACCCCUGGCAGACGAGUGCACACGCAUCGAGACGGGCGUCAGGGAAGGUACAGUACACCCAGCGCACCUCGACCUACUUGCACCUUUUUAACACGACUGUCAGACAGAACUGUUGAUAUAACCACAUGAUUAUGUACCUGUCUGUGUUCUCAGGAGAUGAAGUGUCAGCCCACUACGACCCCAUGAUCGCUAAACUGGUGGUGUGGGGAGAGGACCGAUCUGCUGCUCUGAAGAAGCUCAGAUACUGCUUACGCCAGUACAAUGUAAGAACAUUAAAAUGUUAUACACAUACUGGACACAUCCCACUGCGUGUUUCUGUUUUGUUUGAUUGAUUGACCUUUGACCACUGAUCCCGGCAGAUCGUAGGCCUCAACACCAACAUUGACUUCCUGCUGAGUCUGUCUGGCCACCCAGAGUUUGAGGCGGGGAAUGUGACCACCAGCUUCAUCCCCCAGCACUAUGAGCAGCUGUUCCCCAAGCCCAGCCCUCCCUCCAGGGCCACACUGUGUCAGGCUGCCCUGGGCCUGCUGCUCAGAGAGAGGGCCAGCACCCAGACCUUCAGAGACCAGUCCAACGGUGAGGAACAACAACACAGGCCUGUCUCUACAGGUCGCUGAGAACUAUACAACAACUGUCUGAGAAAGUACUGUUGUCGGUUGGAGGAGACCUUAAACUGUCCUUUUCUCCUGUCGCAGAUCCCUUCUCUCCUUUUGCCUCCAGUAACGGCAGGAGGGUGAACAUUCUAUACAGUAGGAAUAUGACGCUCCAGCUGGGUGAAACUAGUGAGUCCAAACCUUCUUCAAUAGCUCAUAGAGGAAGCAGCCAGUAGACCUUGGUUUGAUUGAAAUGCUCCUCAAUCAGUCUUACGUUGAUGAGGAGCUUAGCCAGCCUCCUAGACCUCAUAAUUUUUUUCCCUUCAGUUUUUCUCCUGGACCUCACUAAUGACUGUUUAAAUAAUUAGUGCACUAAUGACAUUGAUUAGUGUGUCUGAUUCCGCCCAGACUAUAAGUGAGCCCAUCUUAAUACCAUCUCAUCCUCAUGUUUCACUGUUGCUGAGAAUAUUUAUUGAAUACAGAGAAAAAAGUACUUUAUUUGUCCUUUAAGUACUUUUAAUCUGCUCUUUGUUUACUUGUCACAUGGAAUUUAUGUCAAAAGUUAUUCAUAUUUUAUGUCAUACACAAAAAGUACUUUGAACAGGACCCAUCAUAUGAAUUUUUUAUGGAGGCAAAUCUUCCAUGAAUCAAGUGGCAGAGGAAAAAGACUUCACAGAACUUUAACAAUGUUUUUUUCUGUGCAGAAGUGGAAUUAAAGGUUACAUACAAUUCAGAUGGGACCUACUCUAUGGAGGUACAUGUUCUGCAGGAGUGUUGUAAAAAUUGCCAAUGGAAAAGGUUGAACAUACCUGAACAUGAUUUCCUGCAACUGAUGGGUUUUGUCCCCUUCCUCAGAUUGGAGGGGAAGUGUUCCAGGUGUCAGGGGAGGUGGAGACAGAGGGACAGACAUCAUUCCUGCACUGCUCUGUGAAUGGGGUGAAGUCCCGGCCCAAACUGGUCAUCCUGGAUAACACAGUACACCUCUUCUCUAUGGUGAGUCCCCUCCUCUGAAACACACGUUCUCCACAUCAGGGUACCUUAGGCCCUCUAACCCACCCUCUCCUCCCCAUCAGGAGGGCAGCGCGGAGGUGAGCGUUCCAGUGCCCAAGUUCCUGGCUGGUGUGAGCACAGGAGCACAGGGAGGAGCUGUGGCACCCAUGACCGGGACCAUUGAGAAGGUAAUAAAUUACGGAUUAUCCCUUUUUCUCCCUGCUCUCUCUCACCACCAUAAUUGAUCUGUCUAGAAAAGGUGACCCAGCCACUCUGACUGAUCUUUAAUAUGUUGCUCAGAGAUAUAAUUUCCUGCCAGAUGGUCAGGCAUGCUGAUUCAUGGCAUAUCUCUCAUUAGCUCACUUAGCGGCUAAUGUUGGCAAAUUAUUUAAUCUAUACCUCCUGUUGAUGACAUGGUGUGAAUUGUUCAGACGUGCCAAUUAAUAAAUGUCAGUUGCCAUGGAAAAACUUCAAGACUCCUGUCCUAACACGAGCAGGGCCAUUUCGAAUCGAUAGGUAAGAUCCUUAAUAUGAUCUCCUCUCUUCUUCCAGGUGCUGGUGAAGGCAGGAGACACAGUGCAGAUGGGAGACGCCUUGAUGGUGAUGAAUGCCAUGAAAAUGGAGGUGAGUUUACAUAAUUUCCGGCACUGUGAGGAGUCCACUCCCAAUACUACACACAUUCACUCACCCACAUUUACUUUUCUAACCCUGUAGCCACCCACGUAUCACUCACAUUGGGCUCUAAAUGAACUAUGGGUACUCAGACUGUUCUCUCUUUCUGCAGCACACCAUCCGAGCACCCAAAGCUGGAGUCAUCAAGAAGGUGUUUUUUAAGGAGGGCUCCCAGGCCAACCGACACGCAGCCCUGGUGGAGUUUGAGGAGGAAGCGGAGGCCACUGAGGAAGAAUAAUCUCAAUCUAAUCCUCAUCUGUGUGAAAAUCUAUUUGUGAACUUUGAGACUGUAAAAGUUACUGUAGAAAUCAUAGGAAAGAGGCAUUUAGAAUUUUUAUUUUACCUUUAUUUAAC